AUGGAAUUUUUUAACUCAGCUGUUGAGAAAAACACCACCUUUGUGCGACCUGCAUAUUUCAUAAUAAGUGGUUUUAUUGGCAUACCUAAUAUUAGCUAUUACUUUGUAUUUCUCUGUUUUAUUUACAUUAUUUCAGUGGUAGGAAACACACUUGUGAUGAUUAUAAUUAUUUUGGAUCAUACUUUGAGAAGUCCUAAACAUAUUGCAGUUUGUCAUCUUGCAUUUACAGACCUGUUAAGUAGCUCUGCUUUGGUGCCAAAGGUUCUUGACAUUUUUCUGUUUAAGCAUUACAAUAUUUCCUACAAUGACUGCUUGACAUUCAUGUUUUUCUGCUUUAGUUUUGUUUCAAUGCAGGCUUUUAAUCUGGUUGUACUGUCCUUUGACAGAGUGAUGGCGAUCAUCUUCCCACUGCACUAUCAAAUGAGAGUGAGCCACAAGCUCAUUUUGUCUUUGAUUGCUUUUUUCUGGCUUCUUGCCAUUACUCUUACACUCAUUGCAGUUGGUCUUCUCACAAGAAUUUCUUUCUGUAAGUCUGUGGUUAUUCAGAGCUAUUAUUGUGAUCAUGGCCCUGUAUUUCGGCUUGGCUGCAAUGACGUUAAUCCCAGUCGUUCAUUUGCUGAUUUGGCACUAGUCCUUGUGCCACUUCUUAUUUUUUGGCUUCCUCUUACAAUUGUUUUGAUCAGCUAUGUGUAUAUUGGCUAUGCUUUAGCUAAAGUAGCCACAGUUCAAGAAAGAAUGAAGGGCUUUAAAACCUGCACAGCUCAUCUUUCAUUAGUGGCAAUCUAUUUCAUCCCAGUAUUAAUCACAUUUACUCUAGGUGCAGACUUAGACCCAAAUGCCAGGACCUUUCUCUGUCCUCUGUCUUUCCUCCAAAGCUGA